CUCCACGCGGUGAUUAUUUAAAUCGCUGAUAUUCUGUAAAUCCUGCCCCUUCAGCUGAGACCAUCUGUCGACAGCGUUUAAUAAAAGCCGUGAUUUCUGAUGAUCCCCAUAUUUCUGGAACAUCGUGUCAUAGCCGUAUAAACCUGCUAACCACAAUGAAGGUUUGGAUAUCAGUUUUGGCCACUUGCCUGAUUUUAUUGUGCCACGGUUUGAUAACGGUAAGAACUUUGGAACAUGAAAAAUUCCAUGACUGCAGUACCUACUCAAAUGAGGAAGACAUCCCAAAGGAAAAUGCUUACUGCACCCAGGAUAGGAACGGUCUGUAUUACUGCAAGACCUGGCAGUGUGACCCCCCAAACUGUCCUGCAGACCAGCAAGUCGCCCAGGAGCGGGAUACUUGCCCCAUCUGUCCAGAUACAUGUACCGACGGGGGACGGAUAUUCAAUGUAGAUGAGGGUUUCAAAUGCGUUGAUGGAGCUAACAGGUGUCGUUGUAUUGGUACUGGAGUAGUCGUUUCCACCCGGAUGGGGACCAACAAAUACUCCUUAUGUGGCGCUCCUCUCCCAGAAUUACCAAGACUGGAUAAGUCGCAGUAAUUGAAUAAAAAUUUGAAUUUCAAA